UUCCUGCAGUUCUGUGCUUGAGGUGACCUCUGUUUAGUGCUCCCUCAUUCUCAGGCGUGGCCUUCAGGAGCGCCCUGGCACUCGGCUGCUACUUCGCGGUCUUCUGGUUUUCAAUAAAGUUUUCCUCCCUGUACGGAGCUCAAGAUGGCGGCCUCCUGGUCGCCCUUGGUUACCCUGCGCUCCGCGGCGCGCAGCCGGCUGACUGGGCGAGGUGUUGGGUGCGGGGCGCGGGCCGUCGCAAUCCCUCCGCCGGCCCCUGGCCCUGGAAAACCCCAUUGGAAAGCCUACACAGUCCAGACAUCUGAAAAUGGACGCCCAACAGCCGCUUCUGAAGCCCAUUCCCAAGCUUUUGCUGUUUGCCGUGGACCCCUGGAUCACUAUGACUUCCUGAUCAAAGCACAGGAACUGCGGGACGAUGGACAUCAAAGAAGAGUCAUCCAGUGUUUGCAGGGGCUGCUGGAGGACCUGAAAGGAUACAGCGCGGAGGAGGAGGGGCUCUUUUCAAAGCUUUUUUCAAGGAACAAACCUCCAAAGGGCCUCUAUGUUUAUGGAGAUGUUGGUACAGGGAAAACAAUGGUGAUGGACAUGUUUUAUGCUUAUGUGGAGAUGAAGAGGAAAAAACGGGUCCACUUUCAUGGCUUCAUGCUAGAUGUGCACCAAAGAAUACAUCGUCUUAAACAGAGCUUGCCAAAAAGGAAGGCAGGAUUCAUGACUAAGUCGUAUGACCCCAUAGCUCCCAUAGCGGAUGAAAUCAGCCAAGAAGCUUGUCUCCUCUGCUUUGAUGAAUUUCAGGUCACUGACAUCGCCGACGCCAUGAUUCUGAAACAGCUUUUUGAAAAUCUGUUCAAAAACGGGGUCGUCGUUGUGGCAACAUCCAACAGACCCCCAGAAGAUCUCUACAAAAAUGGACUCCAGAGGGCUAACUUUGUACCAUUUAUAGCUGUCCUGAAGGAAUAUUGCAAUACGGUCCAGCUAGAUUCUGGGAUAGAUUAUCGGAAAAGGGAACUCACUCCUGCAGGAAAACUCUACUACCUCACAAGUGAAGCUGAUGUGGAGGCUGUCAUGGAUAAGUUGUUUGAUGAGCUGGCCCAGAAACAAAAUGAUUUAACUAGACCAAGGAUUCUGAAAGUGCAAGGCAGAGCGCUGCGGCUGAAUAAAGCCUGUGGAACCGUUGCCGACUGCACGUUUGAAGAGCUCUGUGAGAGACCACUUGGAGCAAGUGACUAUUUGGAAUUAUCAAAGAAUUUCGAUACAGUGUUUGUACGAAACAUUCCACAAUUUUCUCUGGCAAAGCGGACUCAAGCACGACGGUUCAUAACUCUCAUUGAUAACUUCUAUGACUACAAGGUGCGCAUGAUUUGCUCUGCGGAGACCCCCAUCUCAAGCUUAUUUUUGCAUCAACACCAUGACAGUGAGUCGGAGCAAAGCAGAAUACUGAUGGACGAUUUGGGGCUGAGCCAGGACUCGGCAGGCCUCUCCAUGUUCACUGGGGAGGAGGAAAUCUUCGCAUUCCAGCGCACCAUUUCCCGGCUCACAGAGAUGCAAACUGAGCAGUACUGGAUCGAAGGGGACAGAAGCAAGAAGUAAGGUCACUGUCACGUGAAUAAAGACGGGCGACUGGUGAGGGCUGCGAGACUUGACGACAUCAUCUCCUCACCGACUGUGCACUUUGUCCUGCAGACUCUGGUCAUCUGAGGCGGUGGACGAGGACACUGAAGUCCCGUCUUUGUAGAUCCACGUUUUGCCCGUUUAUUUGGACUGCUUUCUGCAUCUGAAAUGAAUCAUGGCUCCUGAAGAUUACUGUAGAACCUGACAUGUUGCACCUGACUGAACCUGCACACACAUGCAGGCAGCACGUACAGCUGCCCGGGCAUCUCCAAUCAGGCCGCACAGUAGCCACACCUUGGAAACUGAAGGGGACAGCAUUUUACAUUGGCCUCCAUAUUCCUGUUUGUUGAUCAGUUACGAGUUGUGGUCACCUCCAGGCCUUGUGGCUUCCUCUGUGCUAGAGAUUCUGUGUUACCCAUAGAUCCAGGUUAGCAGGCAAUACCUGGUCAAUGAGGACGUGGAUCACAAAACCAUCAGGAAAGUUCCAGCUACCAGGCAGGUCUCCCCUCUGCUAGCCAAGGAGGGCAAGUACCAGGAAUGUGACUUCUGGAGCCACCAGAGGAGGCAGAGCCACAGCCAUACCAGUAGCAGAGUGAACCCCAUCACCCCAGGUGCCCUACUGUGUCAGCCAGGCCCACUCUCACUGCAGAGUUCACUGCCCGCCCUGGAUGCUGAGUCUGCAGAGCUGGACCUCGCGGGAAACAGGAGAGAACACUUGACGAUCCGUAAAUAAAAGCUGAUUUCUCCCUCA